AUGUUUGCCGGAUCUGGCGACAACAGUUGCGCUGGGCUUCUGAGGCAGCAUAUAACCACGGAUCGAGUCUACCCCAGAAUUGUUCUGGUUGAGUACGUCGAGUCCGCCGACAAGUUCAAGAAGACAGAAUUCAAGACUCUCUUUAAGGACACCAAAAUAGACGCCAGAAGAGCGCCGUGUCGAAGUGAGGUGGUCAGCCGUCCUCAAAGAUCACCACCUCCAAGUUACGCGUCGACCGUGAAGCAGAUGCAACGGGGUAGUUUUCCCCAAGCUAAGACCAACUCUGCGGCUCCCGAACGUCCAAAGGGUGGGAAAAUCUACCUGAAUCAGCACGGACAGCGUGUCGACCAAGGGGUGAAACUUGAUUGGGCAUGGCGCUCCUCUCCAUCCUCGAUCACGGCGGCGGACGUCGAGCUGGAACCUCCACGCAAGAACUGGGUUCGAGGCUUCCGUGCGCGUCACCCGGAAAUCGCAGCAAAGAAAUUGAGGCCCAUGGAUUGGGCUAGGAACGACAUCUAUGAGAAGGUCGCUCACUGGUUCACCGUGAUCGAGAGGGAGUGGUCUUGGUUUCGUGGAUGUUCAGUUUGA